CAGAAGGUUUCAAACAUCCGCCAUUUUUUUUCCUCUAUAUCGUUGAGGGGACCGUCGCCAUCUAAACACUUGUUUCUGUGCCUCGUACGUUUUAUUUUGCCAAGAAAAAGAAAUAUUCAACUUCAAUGGAGUACAGGCUUUGGAAUUUUUGGCGUUGUGGGUGAAGGACUUGCUGAAUUGAUCGUUCGAUGUUCGGGUUUCGAGAGGCGAAAACGAUGCCCGUUCAGCAAAUUGUCGUGAACCCAGUGACUCUGCAACAGACAAACAACAAAGACAGAAAAAUUUUGAAACCAAAGUCAUUAGAGGGGCAAAUAACAGCAUCAACGGAAAACAGCAACGAUAAACCAAAAGCUCCUCCCAAGAAAAGCAUCUCGAUGACCUCAGUGGCUUCAUCAGUUGAGAUCUGCAGAAUAUGUCACUGUGAGGCGGAACCUGACCAACCUCUGAUCUCUCCAUGUUUGUGUGCUGGGUCUUUGCAGUAUGUUCAUCAGAGUUGCCUGCAGAGAUGGAUUAAAAGCUCGGACACCAAGAAAUGUGAACUCUGCAAAUACGAGUUCCGCAUGGAAUCAAAAAUGAAGCCCAUAACUAAGUGGAAAGCUCUUGACAUGACAAGGAGUGAGCGUCGCAAGAUCCUGUGCUCAGUUUCAUUUCAUGUGAUAGCCAUCACAUGUGUGGUGUGGUCUCUGUGGGUUCUUAUUGAGCGCACUGCUGAGGAAAUCAAGGAAGGACAGUUAGAUUGGCCUUUUUGGACCAAACUGGUAGUGGUAGCUAUUGGUUUCACUGGAGGAUUGGUGUUUAUGUAUGUCCAGUGUAAAGUGUAUGUGCAACUCUGGAAACGCCUGCGAGCUUUUAACCGUAUAAUCUUAGUCAGGGAUGUUCCGCAGGAGGGCCCAGAGAAUAUCUAGUCAUGAGCGCUCUUUCACUGUAAAUAGAUCUCAUGUACUCAGUUCAAGGUGGGAUUCCUGCUUCAAGCAGAAUAACUCUCUACUUGAGCCAUGAGGCUUGUGUGGAUGAUGGGCCAUUUAGAUAUCCCAGUAGUGUGUGUCAGCUUUUGUCAGUUGUAGAAAGUGUCUGACAAGGAAUCAACAAUUUUUGUUGCCCCAAGUAGUCCACAAAACUUUUUAAAGUGUGACCUAAUAAUGCUCUGCUUCCUCAAGAAUUAUGACUCCACAGUCUCAGUGUAUAGCACAUAGACCUGCAGUCUCUCUGAAGUUUUGGAGGUUCCCAAUGGCUGAAGUGAGUGUAUACAGUGUAGCAAUCACUGAAAAGAAUUUGAAUAGUUUUUAGUUAGUGACAUAGAAAUGAUCAGUCAUACCGUCAUAAGAAAAACCUUAGUUGAAAGAGCACGUAAAUUACUUUGAGCAUGACUCCUGCAAAAAUAUUUUAAAAUCUCAAUUUAGGAAAAGUGCCUGUGGGGAACAAGUAAUGUACUGUAAAAAUAAACUUGUUGGAAAAAAAUUAUGGUCACACAUACAUAUAGAAAAUUUACAUAUAUGAUUUUACUAUUGGUAAACCACUGUUCAUUCAUUUGCUUUAGUUAGAACUAAAGCACAGCAUUAUUUUAGUUCUCAACAUAUUUGGUUUACGACAUUAUAAUUACUGUAAAUCAUGAGCUACAUGUAGGCAUGGUAAUGUUUACAAUCUUAUCUUGCCAGUGGCACUUGAGUGCCAGGUAGCCGACUAAACCAAACUGUUUCUCAAACUGAAGACAUCAAAACUUUCAUCUAUUACAAAAAGCGUACAGUCUAGGUACAUGAAAAUUCAAAUCAAUUCAUAAUUGUGAAGGGUGGAAAAAAGUUGGAAAAAAAAAAUGUGACAAUGCACAUGCAGAUUAAUGAACCAGUACAAUGUACAGAAGGUCUGUGAAAAUACCAGUCAAAGCAAGGUGGGGCAUUGCAACAUCAUCAAUUAAUGAUAUUAAAACUUGUGCUAAAGGAAGGUUGAAACCUGCUGGAUAGGGCUAGAGUAUAUGUAGGGCAGGGACUUUGGUCACUGCAAAAUGAUACACUGUAUUUUCAUGACUUAUCUCACCUGUCGGAGUUUUCUGUUAAAAAAAAAAAUUCAUGAGUUUUUACCUGCUUUGAAACUGGAUAAUUUUGUUGUUUCGCCUCAAAAAUAACUAAAGAAACUAAAUAAGUUUUGAACUGGUAUUGAAACCAGUUAAUUUUUUUUCAUUUCUUCAUUUUCAAUUGUAAAAGCAGAUUUUUUUGUAGAGCAUAUUGAAUAAGUUAAGCUGUGGAUUGUGGAAUUAAACAUCGAUUCUAAGUUAAAUAUAAAGAAUUUAACUUCUAUAUAGAGACAGGAUGAUGCCUCAUACUUCGUGGUCUCAUUUGGCAGAAUCAGGCAAUAUCCUACACUGUCCCGCUCAAUUAUUAUGUGCUGUGCUCUGCAAGUCACCCUUAAAGCAAAAGGAGUUUUCUUCUCCCAUAAUUUUCAUUUUCCUCCCACUUGGGGCUAUCUAGCUAAUGUUAUCUUAAUUCUCCUUACGAGAUAGCAAGGUGAUGUACAUCAGGCUCCAGUUGUUCAAAGGGCGGGUAACGCUAUCCAACGGAUAAAUCGCUACCCAGCGGAUAAAUCGCUAUCCGACGGAUAAAUCCUAUCCAACAGAUAAAUCGCUAUCCAACAGAUAAAUCGCUAUCCAGCGGAUAAUUGUUACUAAAACGUACGGCGCUAGAUAGAGAUUUAUCCAGUGUAUAGCGUUAUCCAUCGAACAACCGGGUCAGCUUGAUAGGGGAAUUUAAGGGAAAUCGUAAAUCAGUUGUUGGUUGUCAGGACAGAGCUGACUAACGUUCGCGUAUGACUCUACUUUCACAGGCUCGCGUGUGAAUUCAUAGCAACAGCAGUAAAGCGGCGGAAUUUUUUAAAACAUUGGAAAGCUGUUCAAUUUUUUGCCCACGUUAAGACGGAAGUAGAAAGACUAAGUUUAAACUUUUGAUUAAUUCUGUGUUUUAGCAGAGGCACAAGAUACCUUUUGACAACCACUGUAAUUACCCGCAAACUGAUGUAUUAUGAAAAUUAAUGCAAUUAUGUCAGUAUGUGUGCUGGGCUUUCCUAAAGAAUGAUUUAAAUAGACAUGGAUUAUCAACGCUUUUGAUUGUGCAAAUUUCCGUCAUGUUAACUAACGUUUCUGUUGCAAUAGAUUCACAAGCGAAUUCAUAAGAUGCGUAAACUUAUUCAGUUAUUCAGCAAUUGGUUAAUGGGUUGAGGUACUUAUAUGAAGAUAGCAAUCGACUAGGGAUUGUUCUCAGCCAUCAGUAAAGCAUGUGCAAGUUUCUAUUGCCCUGGGUGUGGUCGUGGUUAGAAUCUGUAUUUAAACUGAAACGGAUCAUAAUUGCAUAUAAUUGACGAGGUUGUAAAUAUAACUUUUCUUCGAGUUAUUUUUGUAUCUUGCCGGCUAAUCCACCUUCCACAAGUAAAAUGUAAAUAAGUAAAAAACUCAAAUAAAGUUACUUGCUUGAACUUAU